GUUACUGCCGGGCGCAAUUAGUUUUGCUGCUGCAUGAGGAGGUAGGAAGAGAAGCCCGCGCGGAGUCGGGCCGCGCCCUUCGUGCCCGGUUACUACAAGGCUUACUGGUACAAGAAGGAAAUUAGAACAAGUGGAAGAAGUAAGAUUGAAACUGAUGGACGUUGUAUGGGCCAGCGGCAGGGAUGGUUGGCUAUGACCCCAAAGCUGAUGGCAGGAAUAUCUCCAGUUUUGAGGUGGCUGUGGCUGGGUCUGUGUCUGGACUUGUCACGCGGGUGAUGAUCAGCCCCUUGGAUGUCAUCAAGAUCCGUUUCCAGCUUCAGAUUGAGCGCUUGUCUCGCAGUGACCCCGCUGCAAAAUACCAUGGGAUCCUACAGGCUGGGAGACAGAUUUUGCAGGAGGAAGGCCCCACAGCAUUCUGGAAAGGACACGUCCCAGCGCAGCUUCUCUCUAUGGGCUAUGGAGCUGUUCAGUUUCUGUCGUUUGAACUGCUGACCGAGCUGGUGCACAAAGCCACCACGUACGAUGCCCGCGACUUCUCAGUGCACUUUGUGUGUGGAGGCCUGUCCGCCAGCGCCGCCACCCUGGCCGUGCAUCCCGUGGACGUGCUGCGCACUCGCUUUGCAGCUCAGGGUGAGCCCAAGGUGUAUAAAACCCUGCGAGACGCCGUGGUGACCAUGUACCGGACUGAAGGCCCCUUGGUUUUCUACAAAGGCUUGAACCCCACCUUGAUCGCCAUCUUCCCCUACGCCGGCUUCCAGUUCUCAUUUUACAGCGCCUUGAAGCACAUGCACAAGUGGGUCCUGCCCGCCGAGGGAAGGAAGAACGAGAACCUCAGAAACCUGCUCUGUGGCAGCGGAGCUGGAGUCCUCAGCAAGACCCUCACAUACCCCCUGGACCUCUUCAAGAAACGGCUGCAGGUCGGAGGGUUUGAGCGGGCCCGAGUCACCUUUGGCCAGGUUCGCAGCUACAGGGGCCUCCUCGAUUGUGCCCAGCAGGUGAUGCAGGAGGAAGGCCCCACGGGCCUCUUCAAGGGCCUGUCCCCGAGCCUGCUGAAAGCUGCUCUCUCCACCGGCUUCGUGUUCUUCUGGUAUGAGCUCUUCUGUAGCUUCUUCCACCCCAUGAAGAAGGCGGACAGCUAGCCCCCAGGGCAGGAAGGGCGGCCUCCGGAAGGAAGGCAGACUCCCGUACCAUCUCGUGCUGCACCGAGAGCUGCUGCCCGCUCCCUGCCUGCCAGGCGGCUCUGGCAUCACUAGAAGGGUAGGGGCCUUCUCGGGGGGAUGCAGGGCUUGGCCUGUGGGGACGCAGCCGUGUCGGUCAGAAGGAGCUUGGGGUGCUUUCUCUGUGUGGUCCUGGCUCGCAGGAAAGGCGGCAGCGACCCCCCUGCGCUUCUCAGCACCUUCUGCCCAGAACUGUCCGGGCUCUGGGGGUGGGGGGCCACGGCUGGAGCCCGAGGGCUGGGAUUGGGCCCUUCGCGGGGGCCUGGUCCUCUCGUGUGCGCUCUUACUCCCACCAGCUAAUUUAACGCACACCGAAGCUACAAGCACAUUCCUUAUUUCGCUCCAUCUUCCCUUCCACAUCACGUCCCUCCUCACAGGGUAUGAGGGAGGGAACCCUUGGCUUCCUCAGAUUCCCUUUUUCUCAAUACUUGCAUCCCUCAUGCAGCUUUGCUUCUGGUUCUGAGGGGAAGAAUUAGUCACUUUAUAGCCCCCGCCCCCCACGCCCAGGUCCCCCUGUCUGUGAAGUUCCGCUCAGGCUGUUCUCUCCCCUGGGUGGGACAGAGCGUUGCUAGAGGGCCUCUGGGGAAAACAGAUCCCGGCGGCCCACAAGAAGUGGGGGCUGUGCUGAUGGGGAGGAGCUGUGGGUAAAGGUGGCGGCCUUUGCCCCCAGUCUGCCUGGGGUCACUCCUCUCCCGGGGGGUGGGGGCGGGAGCCUUACAGCUGGGCCUGUUGGCAUCGGCUGCCCGCUCAGCGUCCCCCUCCAUGAUCAGUGUGGUGCUGCGUGUAUCCUCUGUCACCCCAGGAGGGCCACAGCUCUGAAGCAGCCUCAUGAAGGGGGUGGGAGAAGGAAAGGGUCGGGCAGCCAGCCUGCUGAGGGCAGUGGUGUCAGGGGCUUGUCAGCACAAGAACUCACAACAGCUGCUCGUCUGGGCACAGAGGAGAAACUGCAGUAAGGGCGUGAGACCAGGAAAUCUACAGAACACAAUCACCACCCUUUCCACCCAGUUCUGCCCCCCGACCCUUCAGGGGAGCCAGGAUGGAGGAGCAGCAGAGCCCCUUGCAGGCCUUCACCCAGCCCUCAGUCUGGGCUCUGGCUCCAGCCUCUGUACCCACUGAGGAGGAGAGCAGGGGCCGGGAGCAGGCCUGUGUGGGUGUCCUGGCCCUUGGACCCCUUCCGUCAUCAGAGUGGUUUUGGCUCUGGCCUGGGGCUUUGUGACGUGUCUGGGACCCUGAAUCCUGAAGCUUCCCUGCUCCCGGCUGCUGGUUAUGAACAUCCAGGCUGUGGGUAGGGGGGUGCUCCAACACCCACAGAGUUUGGGGCACUGGGCUUGGGGCUGCAGGAAAGCUGCCUGAAUGUAUUUUUUAAGAAA